ACUCGUUUCGAAGCUUCCGAACACUCGAAACGUCAGGAGGACUGUGCCUUCAAAAACAUGGGUUUGUUUGGAAAAUCGCAGGAAAAAAAUCCUAAAGAAAUGGUUCAGGAAUGGACUCACAAGUUGAGAAAAGAAGGUUACCAACUUGACAGGCAGGUUAGAGCGAUUCAGAGAGAGGAGGAUAAGGUGAAACGUUCCCUCAAAGAGGCAGCUAAGAAGGGAGACAAGGAUGUGUGCAAGGUUCUCGCGAAGGAGAUCAUACGAGCUCGCAAAGCCUGCAAUAAGAUUUACACGUCCAAGGCGCACCUGAAUUCCGUGUCGUUGCAAAUGAAAAAUCAACUCGCCACGAUCAGAGUCGCCGGUUCUGUAUCCAAGUCGACGGAGGUGAUGCAGGCGAUGCAGUCUCUGAUAAGAGUGCCCGAAGUGGCCGCCACCAUGAGGGAGAUGUCCAAGGAAAUGAUGAAAGCUGGAAUAAUCGAAGAGAUGUUGGACGAAACUAUGGAUUCAAUUGAGGAUUCGGAGGAUAUGGAGGACGAAGCUGACGAGGAAGUCGAUAAGAUCCUGUGGGAGGUAACGGCCGGUCAGUUGGGCACAGCUCCCGCGGUUGUCACAGAAAAUCCCGGAUCAGUCGUGGCGUCAACCUCCGCCGAGGAGGAAGCGGAAGAUGACGACAAAGAACUCGAAGAAAUGAAGAACAGACUACAGAGUCUGCGAAGUUAAAUAAUAAAUGCUUAAAACAAAAUCCAACAAUUAUUUGCACCAAUUGUCAGGGACAAAUAAGUAUUUUUUCGUACCGAUAACGCUGAUUAGAUGUACAAUAACAUAUUACAUGUAACAAAUACUUCCGCUUAGCAAUUGUAAUGUAUUAGUUUUUUGCUAUUUAACUGUAAAUAUUGUACACUAUGUCGCUUUUGUAGAGUACUUAAGCGCGUUUCCCUUUCUAUCAUAUUUAUCCUUGAGAUAAUAUAAAUUUUCCUUACGCAUGUAUAUAAUUAAUUAAUUAAUAAUUAUUGAGAGUGAAAAAAACAUGUAAGUCACAAUGCUAAAGGAAAAAAAACUGUGGGAAUUUAAUUUAAUUUGAUUUUAAAGAAAAUCAUCAUCAAUUGGAAACGAGAUUUUUAAGUUAAAUUUUACAAAUUUUCUCGCACAAAGCAUUUACAAGCAAUUUCUCCUCGACACAACGCAAAUGCUUUGGCAUCUAAACGUCGCAUCGUCGCUUGUUUUUUUUUCACACUUCGUAGUUUAUUUCACGCAAUAUGUGAUAUCUAGCACUUGUAAGGUGCAAGCGAGCUUCUCAAAGAGAAGCUUCUUGAAAGAGAAAACGUUAAUAUAUAUAAAAAACAAACUGUUGAUAUACUGUUUUUUAUACACGUUCUUUAGGGGAAAGAGCCACUGCCAGUUAUCGACGCGCAAAUUUUUAAACAAAUCUUGUUAAUUGCGCAAACAACCCCUCGUCGAAAUCUCGCGGGCCCGGUCUCUUCCUUCUGUCCGGAUUUACUUACUAGGAAUUUGUGCAUCGACAAUCGGGUCUCGGCUCUUUGUUUGCCUUUUCACGUGUUGUUUUUCAAAGUUGCAACUCUUUACGUCUGAGAAUUGAAUAAAUUCUCUCCUCGUUUUAUACAGUAUUGAUGAUUGUUGGUUGUCGUUAAUUAUUUGAAUGAUUUUACAAUAUUUUCAACCACUUGUAGCAAACAUAUAUUUUGUGAGAAAAGAAAAAUGUUGUUAACGAAUAAAA